AUGCAGUCCUCCCUCUUCGCAGCCACCUUCUUCUCCCUCCUCACGCUCGGCCUCGCCGCCGAAUGCCACCCCAAGGUCGAGCCCAUCCCGAGCUUCUCCCUCUCCGACGGGCGGAACCUGCAAAACGACAUCCACGGCAACCAGUUCGACCCCCCGCUCGACUUCCCCUUCACCAUCGACCCGGCGCACACGGCCUCCUUCAGCGUGGGCAGCGCGAUUGCGUGUCUGGAGAAUGCGUAUACGUUUGAGAGCACGAGGAUUGGGCAGACAGACUUGGCGAAUGCGAUUCAGAAUAUCAUGGACGAGUGCGAUAACGGCGAUGGGACUUCCAAGGGGCCUAUCACCAUUGGCCGCACACAAAGGCCAAGUCCUGCCAGGCUCGCCAAGCUGCACUGGAGGAGGCUGAAGUCAUGCAGCCAACCCACCAUCUCAGCAGAACGAGUGUUGAGUGGAGUCGAGGCUACAUGCACUCACAAGUACUUUCAUAAGCCCGUCACUGCCAGUUUAACCAGCGGCCGUCAUCAAGACUCUACUAUGCAGCCUACCAUGGAUGCCAAACCCAACAUCAUGCCCACCAUGGCUAUGAAGUUAGCACCGCAAUAUGGAAGUCGAGGCACAUGGUCAUCUCAGUUCGUCGCGAGCUAUGCUAUGCCAUUCAACGCCUACACAAAGACCAACAGCGAUCUGGAGUUUGAGCUCGAGCAAGACGAGACUACUGGCAUGCCCACCAAAGCUGUCAUAACUGAAAACACCCAGAACGCUGGCCUACACGCAAUGGACAGGCUGGUGCAGGACCUGUUGGCCUCCCAAAAGGGCCUGGAAGACGAAAAGCGAAAGGCAGAACAGAAGGACGCGGAGAUUGCCCGACUCAAGGGAGAGAUGGGCCAACUCCAGCAGAGGGAGUGCGUGGAGGACGCCGAGCAGGUGAAGGAGUUGCGGCGGCUCCUGGCGUUUCACAUCAAGAACGAGGAGCAGCUGGCGAGGAGGUUCAGGGAUCUGCAGGCCGUCAACAAGGACCUUGAGGCCCAACUGCAGGCCGCCGAGACGGCGCUUGAGGAACGGAACAGGCUUUUCUCGUCUCUGGAGGUGGCUCGCGCGCCAGAGGAGUAG